CAUUCGGUACGAAAUGUUCGCUCAUGUGGUAAAAAUUGUGCCUCUUGUAAUAAUUGCGUGUCAUUUGGUUCGGUGCCAAAGUGGGUCGAAUAUUUUAGUUAACAUCCAAGAUCUGGGAGUAGUUCGAGGCUCAACAGGUUACACGGCACGCACCAAUCAGUCGUUUGCUAGCUUCUACAACAUUCCUUAUGCCGAACCACCAACCGGAGCGAGAAGAUUCAAGGCGCCGGUUCGAAUUUCGCCAUGGAGCGCUGUUCGAGAUGUGACUCAACCCGGCAUAGAGUGUCCCCAGCCAGCUGAUGGACACAAUCAGAACAUCGAAGAUUGUCUCAGCUUAUCUGUCUUCUCGAAAAACACCGCCGGCAGUUUCCCGGUGAUGGUGUACGUCCAUGGGGGCGGCUUUUAUCUCGGAUCAGCGGCAGAGUAUCCUCCGCACUAUCUACUAGAGCGUGACAUAGUGCUGGUUGUCAUUCAGUACCGAUUAGGUCCGUUCGGAUUCUUAUCAACGUUAAGUGAAACAAUCCCCGGAAAUGCUGGCAUGUUAGACAUCAUAAUGGCCGUUGAAUGGGUACGAAACCAUAUCGCCGAUUUUGGUGGGAAUCCUCAACGCAUAACUCUUUUCGGUCAAUCUGCCGGUGCGGCGGCUAUCUCCGGAUUACUUUACAGUCCUCUAGUUCCAACAAAUUUAUUCGAUCAGGUGAUCCUACAGUCCGGUGGAUCAAUGGCCAAUUGGGCGGUCGUUCCCAAUCCGGUGGAAAAUGCGAAAAACAUUGCUAAACUUGUAGGGUGCGAUGUGGAUGCCCCUUUAACAGCAAUCGAACAGUGUCUCAUGGAAGCGAGCACACAUUCGCUUGUCGGUGCAACAUUACCACAUGUGUACAACAUAUUUAUCGAUGGCAUGGAAGAUAUAAGCGGAAUGGGAAUGGUUGUUGGAGGACCAUCAGGCUUCCUAGAGCGUACUCCGUACCAGAAUGCUCGCCAAGGAGCUAUGCGUCGCGAUGUUCGAAUGAUGGGUGGAGUCACCAAACAGGAUGGUUCUUUUCUGCUCAAUAGUUUCUACGACCACUUGGUAGCUUCUGGCCGCGUCAACGAUUCAAUGUACGUUCAAUUCGAACUGAUCGAUACCAUGAACCGUAUUAUGCAGUUGGACGAAAAUUCCGGCGCACUGCUAGCCUUCGAAAUAGACACACUGUUCAGUGAAAGCGACCUAUACAGUGGGAACUUUACACGAAUGGCUAAAGGUUUGAUCGACAUUGCCGGAGCGAUUGCGCUGAAAGGUCCAGUACUGAGAGACAUACAAGCGAAUGUUAGAAUCAGCGAGAAAGAAACUUACUUGUACACCUUCGACUAUGCAGGAGAGCACACACGUUUUGGAUAUGGAAAGGAUACUUCGCGCUAUCCGUACAGUGGAGGCGUUCAUCAUUCGGAUGAAAAUAUUUACCUGUUCCCGUUUCCGGAGGAAAUGGCCAACUUAAACGAAGCCGAUACUGAAAUGUCGGAAAUAAUGCUUGAUUUGUGGACAUCCUUUGCGAGCAAUGGAGUUCCGUUUUCGAAUAAUACUCCACCAUGGCAACCGGUUGAAAGUUUAUUUGGACCCUACAUGCACAUUGACGCACCGGCUAGCAUCGGGCAGAAUUUCUAUCGUGAACUGUCGACUACUGUUAGAUCAAAUGCGUUCAGUAAUCUGGGAAAAUUCGCAUUGAUAGUCUGCUCAAGUUUAACGGUCAUUCUGUUGCGCGUUUAAAAUUAAUCUAAGAAUGGCAGUCCACAAGCUAGUCAACUGUUUUAACAGCUUAGAUUGAAUAAGAAUUAGUAACAUUACAUUUAGUCAGUGACGCACUUUUCGUUAGUAUUUUAUACAGCUGAGAGUUUAUACAGUAAUAUAUUUUUUUAAGUCGCAAGUAAUACAGUCAAAUUUCGUUAAUUGCACUAAACUUACCGCCGAUUUUGGCAAAAACCUUAAUUAAUUAAGCUGAGCUGUUUUCACUAACAGUUCAAGUGUUGUUCAUGUCAUCUUUUGGCUUAAUCAGAUCAGCCCGGCUAACGAAAGAUUUUUUCAAAAUCGACGAUAAGCUCAGUGCUAUAAACGAAAUUUGACUGUAUAUGGAUCCAUUUAUUGUAAGCGUUUCGGAAGCUUUAAAGCUUAAUUUAAAAAAACGUGUAUUAUCAAUCGUGAAUGAAAAAAAUUUUUAGAUU